AUGCCUGUCCAGUGUAGCAGCUGUACUAAAAAGCGAGCAGUUCUCAAACGUCCUAAAACUGGCCACUCACUAUGCAAGGACUGCUUCUUCUGGGCAUUCGAAGAAGAAGUUCACCAGACCAUCGUAUCCGCCCGUCUCUUCAAUCGCGGAGAGACAGUGGGCAUAGGGGCGUCAGGUGGAAAAGACUCUACCGUGUUAGCCCAUGUUUUGAAAGUUCUUAACGAGCGUUAUGACUAUGGACUCAAACUGCUACUGCUCUCAGUUGAUGAGGGAAUCACAGGUUAUAGGGAUGAUUCCUUGGAGACUGUCAAAAGAAAUCAGCAACAGUAUGAGCUACCACUGAAAAUUGUAUCUUAUGAGGAACUCUAUGGUUGGACCAUGGAUGCUAUAGUGAAGCAGGUGGGAUUAAAGAAUAACUGUACGUUCUGUGGAGUCUUCCGCAGACAGGCAUUGGACAGAGGGGCCAUGAUGCUAAAGGUGGACAAAAUAUGCACAGGUCACAACGCGGACGACGUGGCGGAGACGGUGCUGAUGAACGUGCUGCGGGGCGACAUCGCCCGCCUGCGCCGUUGCACGGCCAUCAGCACGGCGAGCGAGGGGGAGGGCGCCAUCCCGAGGUGCAAACCCCUCAAGUACACUUACGAGAAGGAGAUUGUGCUUUACGCCUACUUCAAAAAGCUCGACUACUUCUCCACCGAAUGCAUCUACUCGCCCAACGCCUACCGCGGCCACGCCAGAACUUUCCUGAAGGACCUGGAGUCCGUUCGCCCCAGCGCCAUCGUGGACGUCAUCCACUCGGGCGAGACGCUGUCGGUGAAGGAGGGCGUGAAAAUGCCGGUGCAGGGCACUUGCUCGCGGUGCGGCUACAUCUCCAGCCAGGCCCUGUGUAAAUCCUGCGUGCUUCUGGAAGGCUUAAACCGAGGUUUGCCGCGCCUUGGGAUAGGCAAGCACCACCGGCUUCACGGCAAAAUCUUGGCCCAGCAGCCGCUCACCCAACAGGAAGAGAGGAAGCUGAAGGCUAUAGACUUUUGA